GUCACCGUCGUCGUUAUCGUUAUCGUCACUUUCCUAAAUUCUCUAAAGGAAAAAAGAGGGAGAAAAAACGAGGCGAGCACGAGUAGUCGUCCCGACGAGGUGGAAAGGUGCGCGGGUGCUAGUGGAUGGACCUGUCGAAUGAAGCUCGCCGCGCGGAACGUCUGCUUGAGCAGCGGCCGGGGCAGCGCCGGUGCCGCACCCGCGAUGAAGGUGUUCGCGAGGCCUCCCGAGGAGCCGACCGCGGCCUUCCUUCAGCAGUCGCUCGAUCAUCAGCAGUGCGCCCAGGAGAUGUCGGCUUGCGGCCUCCAGCCGGAACAGGGUCUCGUGAGUCUGCAACCCGCCCAAGGAGUCGCCGCUGUCUUCGCCGAGAGCAGGCAGAGCUUCGAGCCCGACCAAGUUGCCUGCAUUUGCGAGGCUCUUAUGCAGAGCAAGGACAUCGACAAGCUCAGCCGAUUCGUUUACUCGCUGCCGAAGCAGCGAAUGAUGAGCGAGAGCGUGCUGAUGGCGACGGCGACGGUCGCCUUUCACCGCGGCAACUACUUCGAUGUGUACAAGAUCCUCGAGUCGCAUCAGUUCUCCCAGCGCCGGCACCCGGAGCUACAACAGAUGUGGUUCAAGUCGCACUACAACGAGCAGGAGAAAAUACGAGGUCGACCCCUAGGACCCGUCGACAAGUACAGGCUACGGAAAAAGUACCCGCUGCCCAAAACCAUCUGGGACGGCGAGGAGACGAUUUACUGUUUCAAGGAGCGUUCGAGGAACGCCCUGAAGGAGAUGUACCUGAAAAACCGGUAUCCCAACCCCGACGAGAAGAAAAAUCUCGCGAAGAAGACUGGGCUCACGCUCACCCAGGUCUCCAACUGGUUCAAGAACAGGAGGCAGCGCGACCGCACGCCCCAGCCCCGGACGGACAUGCUGGCCUUGAGUUGCCAGACUGCCGCCAACCCGAUGACGAGUCCUCUCGGGAGCAGUGCUGCUGCCGUCGCUGCCGCCGCCGCCGCUGCCGCUGCUGCCAGUCACCACCAGCAGCAUCAGCAACAGCAGCAGCAGCAGCAGCAGCAGCAGCAGCAACAACAACAGCAACAACAGCAAAUUGGAAGCGGGAGUCAGCAGUCGCUGCAGGCGAUCGACUCCGGCUACUCUUCGCUCACCAUGUCCCCGGUCUCGAGUAUGGGUAUCUCGCCCGUCACCGGGAUCGCGGGCACUCCCAUGGCCGCCCACCACCACGGGUACGCGAGUCCCGUGGUUACGCCCACGCCCGUGCACACGACCCAUCCCCACGGCGCCGGACUCAGCCCCAUCAACGAUGUCAAGCCUCACUGCGCCUACACGAGGGACCUCUACGACCGGAAGGAGUUGGACCAGAGUCCGGUCUACUAUUCGGCCCAUUCUAACGUCUCCCAUCACCAGUACUAUCAGCAAAGUCAUCACCACCAGAUGAUGUCCGGCUCGCACCAUCAUCACCACCACCAUCAUCACCACCAACUCGGUAUGCCCACCGGCUACGAGAAUAUGCUGCCCCCGCCCCAGCCUUCCAUGUGACCGACGGAUUUUGUCGCGCGCGUCGAAGACGAGCACCAUUACUGUCGAUCCAACGACGACUGCUGCAAGCUCUUAUGAGAGGUCCGACAUUCAAUUCCCGCGGGGCCUCGUUCGAACUUGUACC